AUGUUUUACCAACUUCUCCAUUCUGUUUUAUCUCUUGUCGGCAUCUUAUCAAACGCGUUCAUGAUGUAUCUUGCCCUGAAAAAAUCUCCAAAAAUCAUGCGCUCAUAUUCGGUUGUCAUAACCAUCAAAACAGGAACCGACAUCCUCGCGUCGUCAAUGAGCUUUUUUGUGAUGCAGAGAAUAAUUACUGAUGGAUCAUCAAUUGUUGUCAAUCCAACUGGACCAUGCACCAGCUUUGGAAAAUCAGCCUGCUAUGCUGGACACAUGUUUAUGCUUUGCUUUUUGGAAUACGAUCUUGUCUGGUUGAUUACCUCUUAUCUAUUUCGUUACACCAUCCUCCGUGGCCGUGAACUAUGCAUCAAAAAACUCGUCCGUAUUGCAUUUUACGUGUUCAUUCCUUCCAUGGUUCACAUGGGCGUUUGGAUCAGCAUCUAUAUACUUACCGAAAGUGAAUCAGUUUUGAAAGGUUUUGGUAUUGAAACAGAUGACAUGAUUUUGAGUGGUGAAAUCAUUUAUUGGUCUUCAAUUACUCUCCUUACUCAAUUAUUCAUCACUGCAUGUUUGGCUGUUGUUGCGUAUACUUUUAUUCGAAAAUCGCUCUCAAAAUUUGCUAGAAAAAUGAGCGUCAUUAAAACAAAUGAAAAAAAUUUAAGAAAUCGGCUGGUUAAGGUUGCCACUUUCAAGCUAAUUCUGCCAUCAUUUAUUUUUCUUGGAAUAACUGUUUUUGUAGCCAUGUUCACAAGACUUUUAGACUACCAGUAUGGUCAAUACAUAGUCUCCGUGUGUUUCAUGUUUUCUCCAGUUUGUUCCCCAUAUGCGUAUAUUAUUUUUGUUCCGCACUACCGAAAAUUUAUUUUUGGAAGAAAGGAGAACGUUCCAAAGUUGGAACAGGGACAGUGCGAAACUCCAGAGAGUCCCAGAAAUACCCCAAACCUCCCCUACAUUUACUAUAUUUAA